GCGACCCCAGGGGAGGAGCCAGGCUCGUCACCACGUGCCACGACCGCGCAUCACGUGACGGCGAGCAAUGGCGGCGCCCAUAAGCUACCACGCUGAGCAGAACGAAGGCUGUGAGGUUUGCGCAGAGGCCCUCGCCAAGUACCGCUGCCCGUGCUGCUUGCUGCGCUCCUGCAGCGUGGCGUGCGUGCAGGCCCACAAGACGCAACGCCAUUGCAGCGGCGUGCGAAACAAAACCAUCUACGUGCCUCUGGGCACCUUCAGCGAAGGGCAUCUGCUGAGCGUGGCGCUUUGCGGGUUCACAGAUUAUCGCUUCCUGGAGGAUGUCGGCCGGGCGGUGGAGAACUCGACGCGGGACGCAGUGAUGCACGGAUACGGCCACAGGAAGACCGUGAGCGUCUUGAGGAAUUAUGCGCGGAGAGAUGGCGUCGAUCUGCGCAUGCUGCCCGCCGGCCUGCAGAGGCACCGCGACAACUUCUCCUUCUUCCACAAGCGGGAGAAGAGCUUCUUCUGGACCGUGAAGCUCAUCUUCCCACAGAGUCGGGCAGAGUUCACGGAGCGCAGGGUGGCCGGGAGCCAGAGCCUCGCCGAUUUGUUGACUCGCUACGUGGGGACUGACCAUGUAGAGCCAGUCACACGACAAAGGCUGAGGGAGUACAACCGCGAGCAUGCACGCAGCGUGAGGCUCUUCAUGAAGGAGGAGUGCCAGCCGGCCAAUGCCGCGAGGUACCACGAGUUCUUGGCAGACCUCUCCCUGCAGGAGAACCUGCGAGGCAAGACCAUCGUGGAAUAUCCAGUGCUGCACGUGGUGAUCGCGAGUCACGUGCACGCCUAUCCCACACUGUCAGAUGCGUCUGGAGAUAUUAAGACCGAAGAGGCUGAGGUGGAAAGUGGAAAGAUUCAAGUGGACACGGAAUAACCUGGAGCGUUCACUUCCUCUUCCACUUUGUUUCACAUAGACUGACUCGGCAAAAGCCUGAUGGGGUCUGGUCAAAGGGUUCUUGGGCUGGGUCUUUGUGUGGAAUGUCUCAGGCUGAUGCCACCCGCCUAUCUACUGCCUUGACGUGUAGCCGCAGUCGCAUGGAAUCUUGUGAUUUGCUGCUCAAAUGUGCCGAGAGGUAUUGGUGCUCAUCUCUUAUUCACAGCCCUUAGCAAGUAGUUGAAAUGCCUCAUUGCUGUGGCAGGGGUGAGUCUAUGUGUAGGACAACCACUGUUGAUCGUCGCUACAAAGUGGUAAUUGUUUUUUCGAACCCAGCCAUGAGGGAUGAUGGGCUAAGCCAAAUCUCAACAAGGAAUUGAACUCGGAACCUUCCAAUUGCGAGCCACUCGCUCUACAGCUGAGUUAUCUUGUUUGUGAUGAAGAUCAAACAUUCACCAUCAUUAUAGGAUGUGAUCAGUCUACUGCUAGAUGAAGAUCUCCAAAGCCACGUCUCAUGAUCCCGCAUUGCAACAAGCAAUCCAGCAACUGCACACGAGUUGAUUUCAUCCUUCAUUGGCUCUUUUCUCAGUGGAUGAUGUCCUCUCACACGUGUUCCAUUCUUUGCCUGCCGCUCCCGUUAUUGUUCCCGACUCGCGUUCAUCCCAAUUAGUGAUGGGUCCUGCCCAAGCCCACUUUUCCUCCGUAGCAUGUAUAGCAUUAUUAUUCAGAAAAGCGUCAUUGAGUCUCAAGACUCUUUAAUAAAGAGGAUCCUGCCCAGUUUGCACAUCAGGGGUGAUCUGCCUCUGAAUUUAAUCCCAGUUGAGUUAUUAGCAGGUCAUUUUUCCAGUAUAACGAUGUUUGGCCAAUACCAUUUACACUGUAUGGCGUUUCAGCUAUGGGAGGAAACUAGAAUAGCCAGAAGAAACCCGUGGCAUACCAGGGAGAAGAAACGGACAAAAGCUCCACGCGCAAAGGCGCUCGGGUCGAGAACUGAACCCAGUUGGACAUCUUGCUGUGAGGCACAAGUGUUUCCACUGCGCCACCAUACCCACCCAUUAACCUGCAAGUGGUCCCUAAUACAUUUGUUCCUUUGUCUCAGUUUUGUGGCCAGGCAGGGCCACAUCUCAGUGUUUUGAUGAAUCUGCAUAGAAUCAUAGCUGUGAAACACCACGAAUGAAGCUCAAAUCUCAUCGGGUCUGUUUUAAAUAAUAAAAUGUUAUUUUAUAUUA